AUGGGCGAAGUGAAGCCCCCCAACGCCCCAGUUGAACACUCACAUAUGUGGACAAUCUUUGUCAGAGGGCCCAAUGGCGAAGACCUCUCAGAUAUUAUUAAGAGUGUUGUGUUUAAGCUUCAUGAGACAUAUCCUAAUCCCACACGCGCCGUCGAAGCGCCCCCAUUCGAGCUUACUGAAACCGGGUGGGGUGAAUUCGAAAUAAACAUAAAGAUCCAUUUCAUCGAAUCUGCAAACGAGAAACCAAUAAGUUUUUACCAUCACUUGCGACUGCAUGAGUAUCAGAACCAAAAUUCGAACGGGGUCAAGUUAGAGAAUGGUGGUAAUAGUCCGGAGGUUGAAUCGGUUUUCUAUGAUGAGAUAGUUUUUAAUGAGCCUAACGAAGAGUUCUUCAAGGUACUGAUAGCUAAGCCUGGGUAUUUGCUCCCCUCAAACAAGUCUGAAAAGGCAGUUUUCUCUAAGCAGCUGGAACAAGAAGAGAUUGAUCGGAUAUCUGACGGAGCCAAAAAGGUAGACGAAGAAAUUGAAAAACUGAAAGAGGAGCUAACGCAAAUGAUUCAAACCUGA